AACGUAGUUUGUUUGUACAUACUCUAUGAACUUUGAAUUAAAUUUUUUGCCGGCCGGCUGUCAUUGUGUCAUUUUCACUUCACGCGAGCUGCUUAAGGGAGAGUGAGUGUUGUUCGGUUGACUUCCUGUUUCACAUUUUAAUUUAUUUCAAGAUCCAAUCCAGCGCUGGAUUACAAAUGGGAAACGUAACGUAAACGGAUUGGCGUUUAAGAUUUGAAUCCAGUACGAGCACUGCGAAAUCAUGUAGUCAGGUAAUCGAAUGCCAUUCCAGUGCUGGCUGAAGAAUUGUGCCGUAAACAAGUGUUGAUUACUUUGAGAAUUAUUUACCAGGAUUGCGAAGAAAGAAUUAUACAAUGAGAAAAUUAACUGAAGACCAAACCUUACAGUUUAUUAUGUUGUACAAAGAAAAUUCGUGCUUAUGGGACAUAUCGUCAGAGGAUUAUAAAGAUAGAGCUAUGCGCCAAUCAGCUUUGGAAAGAAUAUGUGAGGGUAUGCAACUUCAGUCUUUGACAGUGGAUGAUGUAAAAAGUAAAAUAAAAAGCAUUCGUUCCACCUAUUAUCUUGAAUUAGAUAAAAUUAAGAAGUCACUAGAUUCCAAUGCAAGUCAUGUUUAUGAACCAAAAAUGAAAUGGUUCCCCGAAUUUCAUUCAUUCAUAAAAGAUGUAGUGGUGAAGCGAAAACCAUUGGAAUAUUUUAUUGACAAUAGUGUAUUUGAACACUUGGAGCAAUCUGAAGACACUACUCAUGGAGACUCCAAUGUUGUCGCCUCUCCUGCUGAACCUCGAAGAAAGAGAAGUAGAAUUUCAAAGCUAUCUACGAUAGUCAGUAAUGUGGAAGAGAUGCAAUAUGAUGUACCAAAAACCAAAAUAAAAACUGAGGAAGAUGAAUUCGAUGUGUUCGGGAAACACGUUGCGAAGCAACUUAGAGAACUGUCUUUAAAACAGGCUAUCCUAGGUCAAGAUGAAAUUCAGAGAGUGAUUACGAAAUGUCGACUGCGCGAUUUGAAAUAUACAAAUAAAAAAUCUUAUUGGAAAUAUAGAAAUACGUAUAAUCCGGAGUAUAUUGUUGACACACAAGUCAGUGAUGAUUCAACACCAGGACCGAGUAACAUAUGCCAUGUGAAUAUACCACUGAAUAUGCCAGAAUCACAUUUAGACAUGGACUCCGAUGACGCUUGAAAUAUAAUAAAUAGAUAAAAAUAAUAUAAUAAAGAAUGCAUGUCUUACUUUAAUAU